AUGGCUGGGCCUGCCACCCACGUUGCUGCCCCCAUGCUGUUCCUCGCCCUCCUGCUGCUUCUGGAGCUGAGCCUGGCCAGCUCCCUGGCACCUGGAAGCUCUGCUCAGAACCUUCCCGAGAAUCACAUCGACCUCCCAGGCCCAGCACUGUGGACGCCCCAGGCCAGCCACCAGCGCUGGCGGGGCCUGGGCAGGAAGGAGCGGGGCCCAGGCAUGCCUGGCCGGGCCCAAGAUGGAGCUGUGGUCACCGCCACCAGACAGGCGUCCAGGCUGCCAGGGGCAGGGGAGCCACUGCCUGGACAGAGUCCUGCAGGCCUGCUGCAGAGCCAAGAUCUGCUGGCAGGGCUGAUGCUGCCCUACCCUGAAAAGGAGAGCCGGUCUCCAGGGUCAGAGAGGGUGAAGAAACGUGGCAGGGAGCAUAAGAGACGGAAGGAGAGGUUGAAACUGCACCGAGGCCGAGCCUUGGUCAGAGGUCCCAGCUCCCUGAUGAAGAAGGCGGAGUUGUCAGCAGACCAGGCCCCGGAUGCCAACACAGAGGACUCCUCCACCAGCCUGGCUCCCACCCUACUCUACCUAAGCACCAAUGAGGCGGCACCUGCCACAGAAGAAUCCCUGAUCCUGCCUGUCACUUCCCUUUGGCCCCAGGCUCAGCCCAGGCCUGAUAGCGAGGUGAUGCCCACACUGGACAUGGCCUUGUUCGACUGGACCGAUUAUGAAGACUUAAAGCCUGCGGUCUGGCCCUCUGCGAAGAAGAGAGAGAAGCAGCGGGGUAAGCUCUCCAGUGAUGGGAACGAAACAUCACCAGCUGAAGGGGAGCCUUGCGACCAUCAUCAGGACUGCCUGCCAGGGACCUGCUGCGACCUCCGGGAGCACCUGUGCACGCCCCACAACCGAGGCCUGAACAACAAAUGCUUUGACGACUGCAUGUGCGCGGAAGGGCUCCGCUGCUAUGCCAAAUUCCACCGGAACCGCAGGGUAACACGGAGAAAGGGGCGCUGCGUGGAGCCGGAAACGGCCAACGGCGACCAGGGAUCUUUCAUCAACGUCUAGCGGCCCGCUUGCGCCAGGCGCCUCCCCACCCGCCUGGGGACUGAGCGCGGAAGUACUCGGGCAUUUGUUUAGAACUAGCGGUGGCAGAUUAAAUUGCGGGACCGGAUGACUGAGGCUGGAGCUCAGGCCCAGGACACUCAGCCCCCAGAGGCCGCCGAGCAGCAUCACACCUGCCCCCACAGGGUGCAUGGGAAACCCACACCCCCUGCGCAUCCCGGAAUCUGGGUUCUCCGCGAUGGCAGUGUAGAGAGUGCCCUCUACUGUCCAAUAGUAGUACUGCAACAGCGUCAAGUUUAAAAAGGAAGCGGUUUCCGAGCUGGAAAAGAGUGAAAACUCCCUGAGAGAUAGGGAACCCUGAGGGCGGGAGAUGAGUACGGAACACCUCCUAUGUACCAGGCACUGUGCUAAACGCGGGGCAUGCGUUAUCGCCUUUAUCACAUGACCUUUUAAAAGUAGGCGUAAUCACCAUUUUACAGGUCAGGAAAGGGAGGCGGGGUUAUGACUUGUCCAGGGUCUCAGAUCAGUGCUCCUCAAGAAUCCCCGGGGGAUCUGGUGAAAAUGCAGAUUCCAACUCGGUCGAUUCUGCAUUUCCCACAAGCAUGUUCAGGCUGCUGGACCAGGGGCUCCCUGAGAGGACCAGGUCCUAGGCAGUCAGGGGUGGAACUGGCAUCUGAACCUGGGCCCCUCAAGCUCCGAGGCCCCCAUCUAUCCUCCUCCACAGCUCAGCACACCUUCCAGGUUCUCCGUGGCUUUGGAUGAGAGAAACUCGUAUUCCCUGGGAGUCCCUUUUCCUGUGGUGAAGGCUGGAAUCUGUUCUCUUCCUUCCUGGGCAAAGGUAUAUCAUUUUUAAAACAACACAAAGUGUACAUGAAGCACCUGUUUGCUUGUAAGGCACGACUUGGGCAGACCGGCCCCUGCCCUCUGGGAGUUUCUGAGACAUGAAAUGUUUGGGGGAAAAAUGGUAAUGACAUUCCUUUUUUCUGUGGCUCUGCUCACCUCGUCCUGGGACAUGCCCCUUGGAGCUGCCUGGCAGCUGCCACCUCAGGGGUUCUUAGACUUUUGGAGUGCAUGUCCUUUGAGAAUCUAAUGCAAGCAUGGACUCAAAAAAUACACACAUUGGAGU